AUGCUUCUCUUCUGUCCCUCCUGCAGCAACAUCCUCACCGUCUCCGUAACACCUCAUUCCUCAACCCCCACGCCCACCUCGACGCAAGAUCUCACCGGCGCAAACCGUCUCGAAUGUCUCACCUGUCCCUACCAAUACAUUCUGACCCGCUCUAUCUUCGACCGCAAAACUUUUGUGCGUGAAGAAAAAGAAGAUGUAUUUGGAGGCAAAGAUGCCUGGGCAAAUGCCGAUACGUAUCCCAAACAGUGCGCGAAUAGUGAGUGUAAUGGUAUGGUGGCCGCGGCGAGAUUUGUGCAGAUUCGCAGUGCGGAUGAACCGAUGACGGGAUUUUACAGGUGUAUGACAUGUGCGAACCAAUGGAGAGAGAAUUAG